CAUCGACAACGACCUCCAGAGCCGCCCAUUUCUCGAUCCCAGUCAACAUCUGCUUGUCACAGUAGUCAAAAUGACGAACAGAGGCAAGCCCCGUGGUCUCAACGCCGCCCGCAAACUCGUUGCCGCCCGCAAGGAAGGUCGCUGGGCCGAUCUGCACUACAAGAAGCGUCUCCUCGGAACCGCCUACAAGUCCUCGCCCUUCGGUGGCUCCUCACACGCCAAAGGCAUUGUGCUCGAAAAAGUCGGUGUCGAAGCCAAACAGCCCAACUCGGCCAUCCGAAAAUGUGUCAGAGUCCAACUCAUCAAGAACGGAAAGAAGGUCACGGCUUUCGUGCCUAACGACGGUUGCUUGAACUUCGUGGACGAGAACGAUGAGGUCCUGCUCGCCGGUUUCGGUCGAAAGGGCAAAGCCAAGGGUGAUAUUCCCGGUGUGCGGUUCAAGGUUGUCAAAGUGUCUGGUGUCGGUUUGAGCGCUUUGUGGAAGGAGAAGAAGGAAAAGCCCAGAUCAUAGGUCAACAAAAAGAGGAAACAAGUCUCAUGGCAAUGAAAAGAUGCCUGGCAGCCCACGACUUGAAAUUAAGGCUCGUACGGUAUGCUACCGGCAACCCUGUGCUUCUCGAUCUUGCAGAUGGAAAAAUCAGGAUUGGGCGCUGAAUGGGACAUCGUGAGAAAAGGGCAUGGUCGAAAACGCCAUGUUGCUCACAAUUCGAACGGUCGACGGAAGGUCUACCUAUUCAAUAGAGGCAGGCUUUCAUAGACGUCAAAAUGCCAACAUAUUGACAGAUCAA